AUGGUAACCCUCAAUGCACAAGAAGGUCAAUUGGUGGUAAGACCUCCUUUUUUUGAUGUUAAUGACUUCUUGUAUUGGAAAAAUAGGAUGUAUUAUUUCCUUAAAUCAGAAGGGGUUAACUUGUGGGAUGUUGUAGAAAAUGGGCCAUUCACUCCAACUAAAAUUGUUGAUGGUGUGCAUGUAGCUAAGCCUAAGGGUGAAUGGAUUGAGCAAGAGAAAAGAAGAGUGGCUUUAAAUGAUAAGGCUAUUCAUGUUUUAUUUUGUGCAUUAAGUAGAAGUGAAUAUAAUAAAGUUUGUAUGAAGUCUACUAUAAAAGAAAUUUGGGAUGCUUUAGUAGUUACUCAUGAGGGUACUAGUCAAGUAAAGGAGAAUAAGAUGGAUUCCCUUAUCUACCAAUAUGAAUUGUUUAAGAUGAAGUCGGAUGAAACCAUAAGUGAAAUGAAGACAUUCACAAAUGAGGAGCUAGUAAAGAAGAUUUUAAGAAGUCUUCCUAAGGAGUGGCUACCUAAAGUAACUUCAAUCAAGGAUUCCAAGGACUUGAGCAAGGUACAACUUGAUGAGCUCUUAAGAAAUCUCAUUGAUUAUGAGAUAAACCUCAAAAGAGAGCAAGUGGAGGAACCUAACAAAGCCAAAAAGACCAUUGCCUUCAAAGUAUCUUCCGAAAACUCAAGUGAUGAAGAUGAUGAAUUUGAUGAGGAAGAAUUGGCUCUAAUGACAAGGAGAAUAAGGAAGAUGCUCUUCCAAAAUAAGAAGUUCAUCCCAAAGAGGAACUUCAAGAAGGAUAAGGGAGAAAGUAGCAAGAGGGAUCCUCCCAUAUGCUUUGAAUGCAACAAACUGGGUCACAUUAGAAUGGAUUGUCCCAAAUUGAAGAAGCCUUUCAAGAAGUUCAAGAAGAAGGCACUUAAAGCAACAUGGGAUGAAUCAAAUGACUCUGAAGAUGAGGAGAUUGGUGAUCAAGUUGCCCAAAUGUGUGUCAUGGCAAUGGAGGAAAGCUCCAAUGAGGUAACUUUAAAUGAUGAUGUUGUUGAAUUUUCUCAUGAUGAACUAGUUAAUGCGCUUAAAGUUAUGAAUGAUGAACUAGAAUUAAGUCAUGAGAGAAAUAAACUUUUGAAAAGUGAGCAUGCUAGUUUAAGGAAGGAGAAUGAAACCUCAUCUAAAGUUGAUAGACCUUUGGAUAGAAAGGACAAACUUGAUAAAAUUUUGGACUCUCAAAGGUCUUCUAGCAUCAAGUAUGGACUUGGUUAUAGUAAAUUUGCCCAAGCACCUCCUUCCAAGACUAUCUUUGUUAAAGCAUCUAGUUCUAAUGAGCCUAGUCCCCAAGUGCCUAGUCCAAAGGUGUCUAAUCCUAAAGGACAAGAGCCGAAGAAAUCUUGUGAUAAUGAAACUAGAAAGACUUCAUUUCAUCAACAUGCUCCUAGAUAA